UGUUUCUCGUACGGUGCCGCUAAGCAUGCCGGGAACUGUAGUGUACCUUGAGCUAUUUCAAAGGCUUUUUGCCAUAUUAUGCACUGCAUGUCCCAUGAGUAGCAUAUAAGAGGCGGGAACCUUCGAGAUACCAUGUAGCAGUUCAUUCACUUGCCGUAGAACUGCUGUUUGCUGGUGAUACCUGAGAAAAUGGAGUUACGGCGGCGAGGGGGACCGUACAAGACAGAGCCGGCCACAGACCUCAGACUUUGGAGGCUUUCUAAUGUUGAGGGAAGGCAGACCUGGUCUUACGUGCAGGAUGUGGACGCCUCCAAAAGGGAGCAGACCAUGCUCGAGGCCCAUUCUUUAGGCUUGGACACUACUAAGUUUGUGCGCGACUCCCCCGCUGCCCGCACGGCCAUUGACGCUGCCCUGAAAGGUAUGAACUUCUACAGUCGUCUUCAGGCCGAAGACGGCCACUGGGCUGGAGACUACGGCGGACCUCUCUUCCUUUUACCGGGUCUACUGAUUACUUGCCAUAUCGCUAAGAUCCCGUUGGAGCAGGCCUGGAAAAAGGAGAUGGUGCGAUACCUGCGCUCUGUCCAGCUGCCGGAUGGAGGCUGGGGCUUGCAUAUCGAAGACAAAUCAACAGUGUUUGGCACAGCUCUGAGUUACACAUCGCUAAGGAUUCUGGGUGUCGAUUCGGAUGAUCCUGACUUGGUUCGAGCUAGGAACAACCUGCAUAGCAAAGGCGGUGCAGUGGGCAUCCCCUCCUGGGGUAAAUUCUGGCUGGCUAUUUUAAAUGUCUACAGCUGGGAAGGAAUGAACACACUUUUACCAGAGAUGUGGUUGUCACCAACCUGGCUGCCAGCCCACCCAUCUACACUGUGGUGUCACUGUCGCCAGGUGUAUCUUCCCAUGAGCUUCUGUUACGCCGUCCGAUUGGUUGCUGAAGAGGACGCUCUGGUCCUCAGCCUCAGACAGGAACUUUAUGUCCAAGACUAUGCUAGCAUUGACUGGCCCGCUCAGAGGAACAAUGUAGCAGCAUGUGACAUGUAUACGCCUCAUAGCACGCUUCUGACUGUUGCCUACGCCUUGCUCAAUGUGUACGAGGCCCACCACAGUACCACGCUGAGAAAAAUGGCCAUCAAAGAACUGUAUGAGCACAUUCAGGCAGAUGACCGCUUCACCAAAUGCAUUAGCAUUGGACCGAUCUCAAAGACAAUCAACAUGCUUGUCCGCUGGUAUAUGGACGGUCCCUCGUCUACAGCCUUCCGGGAGCACGUGUCUAGGAUCCCAGACUAUCUCUGGUUAGGACUUGAUGGCAUGAAAAUGCAGGGUACCAAUGGGUCUCAGCUCUGGGAUACUUGUUUUGCUGUUCAGGCUUUCCUGGAGGCAGGAGCCCAGGACACCCCUGAACUAGCCGAGUGUCUCAAACGUGCCCACCAGUUUCUCACACUAACACAGAUCCCAGAUAAUCCUCCUGAUUACCAAAAGUACUAUCGGCAAAUGAACAAGGGCGGAUUCCCUUUCAGCACCCGCGACUGUGGCUGGAUAGUGGCCGACUGCACGGCCGAAGGCCUCAAGUCCAUGAUGCUGCUGCAAGAGCUGUGCCCUUCUGUCGGCGAGCCUGUCGCGCUGGAGUGCCUUUAUGACGCCGUCAAUGUGCUGCUGAGCAUGAAAAAUUUAGAUGGCGGCUUUGCUACAUAUGAAACAAAAAGAGGGGGGAGACUCCUGGAGCUGCUGAACCCAUCGGAGGUGUUUGGUGACAUCAUGAUAGAUUACACCUAUGUGGAGUGUACGUCAGCAGUGAUGCAGGCACUCAGACAUUUCCACAUGGUCCAUCCUGACCACCGCACAGAGGAAAUUAGGAAAACUCUGGCAGACGGACUCGAUUACUGUCGAAGGGUGCAGAAGCCUGAUGGAUCCUGGGAAGGGUCAUGGGGAGUGUGUUUCACCUAUGGAACGUGGUUUGGCCUGGAAGCCUUUGCUUGUAUGGGACACAGCUAUCAGAGGAACUUGUGUGCAGAGGUGCGGAAUGCCUGCCAGUUCCUGUUGGAUCACCAGAUGGAGGACGGUGGCUGGGGGGAGGACUUUGAGUCAUGCGAACAGCGCCGCUACGUUCAGAGCGACUCGGCGCAGAUUCACAACACCUGCUGGGCUCUUUUAGGGCUCAUGGUAGUCAGGCACCCUGACCAGCAAGCAAUCGAAAGAGGUGUCAAGCUGUUGAUAGACAAGCAGCUGCCUAAUGGAGACUGGCCGCAGGAGAAUAUUUCCGGGGUGUUCAACAAGAGCUGCGCCAUCAGCUACACCUCUUACAGGAACGUCUUCCCUAUUUGGACACUGGGCCGCUUCGCAGCACUUUACCCGCACAGUUCUCUGACCGGAAAGAUCAAGCUUUGACUGUCCGGAGCAUCAGACAUAAUAAAUCUACCUGGUACAUUUCAACUAUACAAUGAAUGGGAAAGUAGACUUUGCCUUAAACAUUGCUUGGUGCCUGUUAAAGUGGACAUAGUUUGGAAGUAAGACUUUUUUUUUGAUUGCUUGAAUAAUCUUUUGUGAAGGACCGUUUCUGAAUUUUACAGGAUCGUGAUGUUACAAUUUGGUUAAUUUUUGUAUCACCCCUAAGAAGAGCUUGUAAUGCACAGCAAGCGAGGAUAUGCGGGAGAUUCUGGGCUUGUAGCAGACGUGAGUAGUUUCCCAAAAAUUUUACAUUUAAAAAAAUAAUAAGAAGAAUUGAAUGAAAUGACUCAAGUAAAACAAAACAAUAGUCCUUCAAAUAAUUACUGACCAACACAGCUAUUUUUCCAGAAAUUGUAUUUUCAAGUCUUUUGACAAACUUUGGCUGAAGUAGCAACUGAGGCAUGUUUUCUUGUCACAAGUUUUAUUCCCCCCCCCUCAGUCUGACUGGCAUUGAUACGCUUGUGGUUUUCUAUAAAACAACUGUGUGGGAGUUAAAGGACGGGAAGAAUUUGAGUGGCAUAUCAAUGUGUAAGAUUUACAGUUUCCCAAGAAGUGUCUCAAUGUGUUUGCUAUGCAAGCUCUUCAAUGAUGAUAACAAGCCAGUACAGGUGGUUAAUCCUGUCCUGAUGUUUUUGUCUCCUCGCAGAAAGAAAAAAAAAAGUUUGAACUGUCCUCUUACAUUUGUUUUUACCUUUAAGGUUGGGUCACUUUGACUGGCGACUAAUGUCCGAAUCUGAAAGAAAAUUCGAAUAAACAUGGUUGAAUAUUUGAAUAUAUCGGUAAUUUCCUUUUAACGGGCAUUUAAAUUGUUGAGUGACAUUUUAUAAUGAUUUUAAGCCAUGAAAGUCAUAACGUGGUAUGAAAAAGUAUCUGAACCUUUUGGAAUUUCUCACAUUUCUGCGUAAAAUCAGCAUCAAAUGAGAUUUGAUCUUUGUCAAAAUCACACAGAUGCCAAUACA